UAAAGCCCAUUUCCGUCAUUCAACAUUAUACAUUGGACUAUUUUUGCCUCUGUCUUUCGUUUUCCAUUUUUCAUUCUCUUUUCCCGGAACAAUGGCAACGAGUUUGGUUCGGCGAGCUAUGAAUAUGGCGUCACGCGUGUCGUCAUUGACGGUGGCUCCGGCAUCGAGGCUGGUGUUGGAGCGACCCUAUGCCAGCGAAACACAAGCUCAAAAGGUGGAACCAAAAGCCGCCGCCACGCCCAACAUGAAGACCUUCCAAAUCUACCGAUGGAACCCAGAUAACCCAACGAAACCGCAACUCCAAGACUACAAAAUCGACCUAAAAGAAUGUGGACCAAUGGUUCUCGACGCCCUACUCAAGAUCAAGAACGAGAUCGACCCAUCACUCACCUUCCGUCGCUCCUGCCGUGAAGGAAUCUGCGGCUCUUGUGCAAUGAACAUCAACGGCUGUAACGGCUUAGCUUGUCUGACCAAGAUCGAAUCAGGUCCGUCGGAGACGAUGAUCACGCCUUUGCCACAUAUGUUUGUGAUAAAAGAUCUGGUGGUUGAUAUGACGAACUUUUAUAAUCAGUAUAAGAGUAUUGAGCCUUGGUUGAAGAGGAAGAAUCCGCCGCCGACGGCUGGGAAAGAGAUUCCUCAGAGUAAAAAGGAUAGAGCUAAGUUGGAUGGCAUGUAUGAGUGUAUUCUGUGUGCUUGUUGCAGUACCAGUUGUCCUAGUUAUUGGUGGAAUCCUGAAUCUUAUUUGGGUCCUGCUGCUUUGCUUCAUGCUAACAGAUGGAUAAGCGACAGCCGUGAUGAAUACACAAAGGAGAGAUUGGAGGCCAUAAAUGACGAGUUUAAGCUGUAUCGUUGCCACACAAUAAUGAACUGUGCUCGUGCUUGCCCAAAGGGUCUGAGCCCAGGAUUGCAGAUCAUACACAUCAAGCAGCUUCAGCUUACUGGUGGUGCUUAAAGUUUCAAACUUCACAAUAAUGUGUAUUUAACCAGUUAAUCUGGAUUGUUUUUGUGAGGACUCCUCAGAACAAUUUGCUUUGAGUUAAUCAUGCCAAUAAUUGUAUUCUCCCUCACAAUUGUACUUAAUUUUGUUAUAAUUUGUUCUAGGUCCGUUUGAUUGUCAUUUCUGUU